AUAUAAUAAUAUAUUUUAUUAUUUUGUAGUGUAAGAAGUUAUAUGUGUAAUCAAGUUUGCGACGUCUUGAUCCUCAUCUAUAGUGCUGAUUCUAUUAACUUGUAGUUGAUAAAUCUUUUUAUUAUGUAAAUUAUCGUCCUUCUAUAAUUCUAGUUCUUGUUAUAAAAAGAAUUCACUUUUUUAUUGAUCAAUAAAUUGUGUCAAAAAUUGUGUAAAUAAUUAUGCAAAUAGUAUAAUAAUAGCAAAUAUAAAUGGCAAAUGAAGCUUUAAAAUUAACCCCUGGAACACAUAUCUUCGUUCCCUGCAAAGAUGAAAUAUGGCUUGAGGGAAUCGUGGAAAGUGUAACCAAUAAGAAUGUGACAGUCAGACUUCUAGGGGAUUUUGAGGGUGAAAUUAGGGAAUUUAACACCUCAGACAGCUUUUAUCCACACUCAGUUGAUAUUUAUGGGAACGAUGAUGUACCUGAUGACCUGACGAAGUUAACUCACCUCCACGAGGCCUCAAUUCUUCAUAGUCUCUACCUGCGCUUUAAAAAGGACCAAAUCUACUCCCUUACAGGAAAAAUCCUCAUCGCAGUAAACCCAUUCAAAACUAUCCCAAAUCUCUACUCCAAUCAAACCCUGAUAAAAUAUGACUACGUUGGAGAUAAGGAUCCUCAUGUAUUUAGUACUGCUAGUGAUGCGUAUUAUGGAAUGCUUGACGGGUUUUGCCAGAGUAUCCUCAUCUCUGGCGAGUCAGGGGCAGGCAAGACCGAAUCAACAAAAUAUGUCCUUAAGUACCUGUGUUCUAACCUUAUACACAAUAAGGUCAAUGUAGACCAGUAUUAUCUAAGCACUCCACAAUCAACUAUUGAUUCGGACGAGUCAGUGCCAAAUUCAGCCCGUAAUCAUGUGGUGAAAAGUAAACCAGUGAGGGAAAACGUUGAGAUGAAAGUGUUGGAAAGCAACCCACUACUGGAAAGCUUUGGGAAUGCCGCAACACUGAGGAAUCAUAACUCGAGCCGAUAUGGGAAGUAUAUUGAGCUCCAGUACCUGCAGGAAUCGUCAGAAAGACUGAAACUGAUUGGAGCGACAAUUCAAACAUAUUUGCUUGAAAAAGUAAGAAUUGCACAACAGCAAACGGGAGAACGAAAUUAUCAUAUUUUCCAUCAAUUGACGGCAGCAUACCGUAAAUACGGGAGCAGAUACUCAAUUAACUUUAUGGAUAAUACAGUUAACAGCAAGGAACAUUCUAAACUGGAUGAUGAUUCAGUGUGGGACCUGGAUUUGAGUAACUUCGAAGGGGAAUUCAGAAUAGUGCCAAAUUGUAAACCGAUAGGCAAUUUGAAUGAAGAUUAUGAUUUGGAGUUUUUUAAAGAAAAUCUCAGAGCCUUGAAGACCUUAGGGUUGGAGUUAGACCAAGUGAAGGUUAUCUUCUCAAUUAUUGCGACAAUACUGCACUUGACGAAUAUUGAGUUUGUUCUAAACGUCCACUGCUCAGAAGGAGCUGUGGUGUCAAAUCUUCAAGAGGACAGCAUUUCUAAGAUCGCCCAACUUUUGCAAGUUGAUGAAAGUGAUAUUUUGAACGUUCUCUUGACCCGCAGCAUUAAGACCAUUAAUGAGUUUUACACAAAGCCGAAGCGUGUAGAUGAAGCUAUAGAUACCAGAGAUGCUAUAGCAAAGAACAUGUAUAGCAUUUUGUUUGACUUUGUAGUUGCAGUGGCAAACUCAGCAGUGGACCCCAAGCAGUCGAAAGUGGAUGUGUCAACUGGAAUCCUUGAUAUCUUCGGCUUCGAGUGCUUUCAGCUCAAUUCCUUUGAACAGCUGUGCAUAAACUUUACUAACGAAACGCUGCAGAAUUUCUUUAAUAACUGCGUGUUCAAGUAUGAGCAGCAGCUGUACACAAAGGAAGGGAUCACCUGGAACCCACUAGAUUUUCCAGAUAAUCAAGACUGCAUUGACCUGUUCAAACUGAAAAUAAACGGGAUAUUUGCAAUGAUUGAUGAGGAAUGUCAGAUACCUGGUGGUAAUGAUCAGUCAUUGUGCAAUAAACUUUGUCAGAAGCAUUCUGGGAAUAAGAGGUUUGACAAGGUGAGAACUGACCAAAGUAGUUUUGUUGUAAACCACUUUGCUGGAGGAGUGAAGUACAAAAUUGAUGGCUUCCUGGAGAAGAACAAGGAUAGUCUAUCAGAUGACUCUAUUCACUUUAUCACUAACGUUAAAAAUGAUAAAAUCAAGACCAUUUUCGAAUCACUAAUCACAUCCAACCAGAACCUGACACAGCUGAUGAAAAAGAGGAAGACGAUAUCAACCCAGUUCACAUCGCAGCUGGAUCAGCUGAUGAACAAAAUAAGUAAGACUGAGCCUCACUUCAUACGGUGCAUAAAGCCAAACCAGUUAAAUUUGCCAAACAUCUUCCAAAAGAAUACAGUCAACGAACAACUCAAGUGUGGUGGGAUGUUACAAGUGGUGGAAGUUAGCAGAGCUGGAUACCCAGUGCGCUUAACCCAUUUGAUCUUCUACAACAAGUUCAAAUAUCUCCUCAGUAAGGCCGAAUCUGAGAGAGUCUCGAAACACCAGCCAGAUAUGGCUUUGAUGACCAAGCAACUGUUGGAUAUUCUGGUCGCAAGGUUCAUUCCAUUUAAUCCAUAUCAACAAGGGUCACUGGCGUUCGGAAAAUCCCUCAUCUUCUUCAAGAAUAAUAUAUAUGAGAUUCUCUUUAACUCGUUGCAAGAAUUGAGGAAUAAAAGCGCCACAGUGAUUCAGAAGACAGUCAGAGGAUAUAAGCAGCGUAAAGCUUAUCUUGAGUGCCUCCACAAGAUUAGAACUCUUCAGAUAUACUUGAAGUACAAAGUCAGGAAGAUUAGAGAGUACAGGAGAAGGCGUUUAGAAGCUGUAGUUACACUCCAGUCUGUGUUCAGAAUGAUGAAAGCUCGGGCUGAGUACAAGGCAGAGUUGGCUAAGUGGGUUCGCCUUCAGAGUCUUUUCAGGAAUAUUAUCGCGAGGAUUGAAGUCAGAGAUAAAUACGUCAAUAACUCUGCAACUGUCAUCCAGAGCUACUUCAAGGCGUAUUUGCAGAGAAGAUACUAUAAGCAGUUGAAGGCAAGCGCCAUAAAGUUACAACUUAAGUGGAGAUCAAUAUUAGCGAGAAAUCAGCUCAAGAAGUUACAUCAAGAAUCUAAAUCACUAGGAACUAUGAUUGAGAGGAAUCAAAUACUGCAAGAAGAGUUGAAGGAGGACAGGUUGAAGAUGUUGGACUACGAGUCGAAGGUGUAUCAGCUACAGGCAAAGAUAACAACCCUGAGUGGACAACUGGAGAGAGAACGUAGCGAGAAGAAGUUGAUGGUCCAGGAAAAGGAUAAGCUGAAGACGAACAACAAGGACCUCCUGGACAAGAUUUCACACCUAGAAAACACAAACUCGAAGAUACUAAACGACCUCAAGAUGAUUAAGCAGUUCAUAUCCAAGGAGAUCUCAAUCCCACAAUAUGUGAGAGAAACAUCUCCGAUGUCGAAAAUUGAUUCGUACCAGCAGCUGGCCAACACUGAGGAGAUAAUGAAGGAGGUGGUUGUAGAUAUAGUGUUGUGUGGUCCCAAGAGUGGAAAGAGUAGGCUGAUUGAGAUGGCUUUGGUGAACAGUGCAGAUGAGGAAAACUUAACUAAGCAUAGGCAAUUUCAAAAUAAUAGACGCUCAUUGUCACAACUGCAGCUUUUUAUUAACCAUUUUAAACUAUCACCAAGUGAUGAUGUUGGGGUUAGUGUAUUGGAAAUUCCCGGUGAAUACAUAGAUGAUGAUAGGACACGUGGUGUACUGAAGAACAGUUAUUUGAUUGCUGUGUGUUUUGACCCAAGUUCUGAGCGAUCGCUAAUAGAGUGCAUAACAAUGGUCAAGAUCAUUAUGUCAUACGUACAGCUCAAAUACACUUCAAUAGUUAUAGUCCAAAACAACUUGUUAUUACUUGAAGAAUCCAAAAGUCAAACUGAUUUAUCAUUGAUACAUAAAUUUGCAUUUGAGAAUGAUAUUUUAUUUGUCAAGGUUGACAAUUUGUUAAACUUUAUAAAGAAAUCUAUGCCCUUUAUCGAGUCUAAAAAGAGUUUAAGAACUAUUCUUAACAUCAAGAAGUCAUCACCCAAAAAUGUUAUGAAGGGAAAGAGCAUAACGAAGAGCCCAAUAGCAUUUUUCUAUGAGAGAUUCCGCAGCUUCUUGACAGGAAUUGGUUCAUCCGGGGCUCAGUCAAGGCUUCUCCAGGCAACAGUGGCUGAGCGAGACAGUGUUAAAUUGCCUCCACUAGGUCUGAAGAGAGUGGCUGCAGUAUCCAACUAUGAUAGCGCAGUCACUUCAGUGGCAGUUAGAUCAGAAGAACCAACAGAUCAGUACGUAGUAGUUGCAGUGGGAAGGCGAAACGGAUCAAUUAACAUAUUUCAUGUUUAUCGUACUACUCUUGAACUCAAGCUACUCAGCUCCAAUCCCAAGGAUGAUGAAGAAUUAUGUAGUUUAUUGAAUGGUGAGGUGGUUUAUGAUGAGAAUACUAAAGUUGUUGAUUAUUUGACUCUUAAGAUGCAUUCAAAGGCAGUAACUUGCCUCACUUUCUCAAAGCUUAAUGUUGAUGAGCUUCUUUCAGUAUCUGUAGAUUGCACCAUCAGGGCAUGGAACGUCCUGACGGGAGAUUUGAUUAAGGUUUUCAAUGACUCGUACCCUGGACUAACUAUUCAGUUCCACCCACUACAGCCCAACUGUUUUCUAUCAUGUAAUUCAAACCCAACGCUAAGGAUUGUAGACUACAACGAAGGAACGGUAAUACAAAAGACUAAAAUAAAGAGUGAAAUAAGAUGUUUGAUAUUUGAUGACACGAGGUUGAACGUACUGGCUGGUACUGAGAGAGGAUCAAUUUCAGUGUAUGAAUCCCAGUCCAACAUGUUACUAAAACAGUCACUAACCAAACAAAUUUCCAGAGGACCUGUUACAUCGUUGUCAUUUGUAUCCUCAACCUCGAGUGUUGGCGUUCCUUCAGUAAUUGCAAACGUUUGCAGUGGUUCAAUCCUAGUCUUUAACGUCGUCUACGAUAGCCACUCAGGGAAAAUUAAAGACCUCACCCAUAGGCAUUUUUUUAGCCAUAUCUCACUAUAUACUAUAUUUACCAAGAUUUACCCAUAUAUACUUAUUUUCAACCAUAUUUACAUGUAUUCACUACUAUUCGUAAAUAUUUACGUAGUUUUACAUUUAUUUACAGUCAUUUACGUAGAUUAUCCAACAUUACACAUUCACUCAUCCCUAGUAUUUACACAAUAAUUUGUAUUUAGAUAUAACGUGAAUAAUAAUCACGUGGCGCUGCCAUUGAGAUCAUGUUAUACGAAGUACGGAGGAGGAUGGUGUGUGAGUGGGUCUGAGGACAAGAACAUCCUGAUAUUUUCAAUGUCAGACGAGAAUAUCCCCUUCUCAAUACCGUUCCACGGAGGAGCAGUUGUGUGCACUGCAGUUAACCAGUACGACACUUUAUUAGUAACCGCAGAUUCCAAAGGAGUUGUUGCCUUCUGGCGGAGAUCGUUCCACGUUAAAUCUUAACAUACUAUAUCAUA